GAACAUAUAGUCGCUGGACCACAGAACGGAACUGAGACCACAGACUACAGUUAACCUUUAACGCAAGGGGAAAACCAGAAGAGAGAACAACAAAAAAACAAACAAGCAAGGAAAACUCCGGGAUUUAGUUUGACAUUUUGGUGUAAAAGGCAACCUCGACUAAAUAUGUUAAGCGGUGCAUAAAAUGCGCGUUCUUAUUAAUUUACAAGACCAUUUACUUGCAAAGUUAUAAUCGCAUUUUGUUUUCUAAGGAAGAUUGAUUUAAUCAGCCGAACCACUUGUUUUGUUCGGAGUCACUCCCAUCCAAUGUUAAAAAUGACAGAGGAACACGAAAAAUCCCUCAACGAGCCUCCUUGCAGCCCGACUGGGACCACAAGCUCGAUGUCGCAAGACGAUUCAGAUUCGGACGCCCCGUCUUCUCCGACGGGGUCCGACGGACACGGUUCUAUGCUCCUGCCUGCGAUGGGGAAAAAAUUGGACAGCGAAGAAGAUGACCGGUUCCCCGCCUGCAUCCGAGAUGCGGUGUCACAGGUCCUGAAGGGAUACGACUGGUCGCUCGUGCCCAUGCCCGUGCGGGGGAACGGAACGCUGAAAAACAAGCCCCACGUGAAAAGACCAAUGAAUGCCUUUAUGGUGUGGGCACAGGCGGCUCGCAGAAAAUUAGCGGACCAAUACCCCCACCUCCACAAUGCCGAGCUGAGCAAGACUUUGGGGAAGCUAUGGCGAUUGCUGUCGGAGAACGAAAAAAGACCAUUUGUGGAGGAAGCCGAGAGGCUGAGGGUCCAACACAAGAAAGAUCACCCGGAUUACAAAUAUCAACCGAGGAGGCGGAAAAGCGUGAAGCCUGGUCAAAGUGAUUCCGACUCUGGAGCCGAGCUCAGUCAUCAAAUGUACAAGGCCGAACCGGGAAUGGGCGGUUUGGCAGUCAUGGGAGACGGGCAUCACCCCCACCAUCACCCGGAACACGCAGGCCAGCCUCACGGCCCGCCAACUCCCCCUACCACGCCUAAAACAGACCUGCACCACAGCGGAAAGCAAGACCUUAAACACGAAGGCAGGCGUUUGCUGGACAGCGGGAGGCAGAACAUCGACUUCAGCAACGUUGACAUCUCGGAGAUCAGCACCGACGUCAUCAGCAACAUGGAAACCUUUGACGUUCACGAGUUUGACCAGUACUUGCCGGUCAACGCUGCCACCGCCUUAUCCUCUGACCACAACCACGGGCAGAAUCCGACGGCGGGCAGCGCGUACAGCUCCUCGUACGGUCACCCAGGCGCUAACGGAGGAGUCUGGAGUCGCAAGAGCGCAGCGUCCUCUUCCUCCUCCCCCGCCGGCGGCGAAACGGGGCCCCAACGGCCGCACAUCAAAACGGAGCAGCUGAGUCCCAGCCAUUACAGCGAGCACUCCCACGGCUCCCCUUCUCAUUCUGACUACGCAUCUUAUAGCGCUCAAACCUGCGUCACCUCGGCCGCCUCAGCCACGGCGGCUGCCUCGUUCUCCAGCUCGCAGUGUGACUAUACAGACCUCCAGAGCUCCAAUUACUAUAGUCCCUACCCCGGGUAUCCGUCAAGCAUUUACCAGUAUCCUUACUUCCAUUCCUCCCGCCGGCCGUACAGCAGUCCCAUACUCAACAGCCUGUCAAUUCCGCCGUCUCACAGUCCUACCAGCUGGGAACAACCGGUAUAUACCACACUGUCCAGACCCUGAGCACCUGCACUGCAUAAAGACUUUCCAUUGAUCGCUAACUAAGUGUUACGGAAAUUUUCUGCACUAACGAAGGAAUAGCCUAGACUUAGAUGGGGGGCGCUGUGCCAUAUGAUAAGGAAAAUAAAUAUAUAUACGCAUGCCUAUAUACAUAAAUAAAAGUGCCUGCUGAUUUUAGCCUUUGUAAAGGUCGAUCAUUUGGUGAAGAAGAUGUGCCAUUGUUUUUCGGCUGUUCUCACUUUACCACGGACAUCUCGGAAGAAAUCGUCAGGCCUGCGAUUGUUAAAGCUGGACUCUUCUGCGAGGGUCAUCUGAACGAAAUCAACACGCAGGCGCGAGCGCUUGUGCAGGCCAGCGCUUCUGCGUUUACUUUUUAACGGAGCUUUUACGUUUUGUGAAAAUUGAAGGCGGUUGAGGUCAGUCGGGUGCGCAACAAGAUACUGAAACCGGUGGUAAACACGCACUCAUAAUUCCUCCUGCACUGGGACCAAUUCAAAUUAUUUCAAAGUCAUUCUCAUGCAGAACAGUGGCAACCAGCACUUGACAUACAGUCUAGGCACGACCAGUCGUUUAAUUUUCAGUCCCACCAAACCAUGCUUUGGUUGUAUUUUUUGGAUGUUUAUUGGUGUUGUUUGAUUUAAAAACUUGCGUAGCUUAUGUAUUUCAUUGCAUUGCCGUUCUUGUUCUUUUAAUUAAUUGCAUAAUCAUAUCGCAUUUCGGAAAGAGGUUCACGAAAUCUACAGUCAUAUUUUCGUAUUAGAGCAUGAAUUACUAAAGUAGUUCUGUGCGCCAUAACCACUUGUUUUUUUUGUUUUUUUACCAAACUCCCCACCAGAGGUCAACGCGUAUCUCCAUUUCAUAUUCUUAAAUAUGUUGAAACCUCACGGAAACCAGCGAAAUGCCCUGAGAUACAGCAGCUGUCAAAUGCACCGCUUAUCCAAUUGCGAUUAGUCACGAUGCCAGGGUUUAAGGAAAUGGGUAACAUAAUGCGCGCGCGCGCACUUGAGUGAUGGGCCAGCUGAAGCUGGCGCUUAAGUGAACCGGAAGACGCACGAGGUGUCCCAAUGUCUGUGCCCCCCUCCGUUUACGUGGAAAGCAGACCCAAGCACCAGCACAGGUGCUUGCUUCUGCGAUCUCAGCUUUCAAGUCCCCUUGUGUAAAUGAGCUAACUUUCGCAGAUGGCAGUUGCGGCACAAAUUCCCACCGAACACGAGGGGAAGAAAAGCGUAACGUUUAAAAGGCGAAUAUUAUGGACAUUGGAAUCGCUUAAUUUUUAUUUUUUAUUUUUUACAAGUUUGUAUGUGUCUGCGUGUCAGUACUGUAUACAUUUAUAUUAGAUAUAUUGUAUGCCGGGCAUAUGAUAACUUUAUAUACAUUUAACACUAACUCGUGCCUUCAAAUGCUUAUUUUUCUAAACUUUCUUUUCUUGUUGAACUCCUUGUUAAAUAAAAAAGAGUUUCAUGAUACAUACGGCCAAUCUCCUCCAAUACACUUUAAAAACUAACGAAAAAAGAAAACGUUCAAACUUGAAAUGUUGAAACUGGUACAAUUCAACCAUUUAAACCAAUUAUAUUUCAAUGGUCGUUUGAACACCUUAAUUAUGUGUAAAGUUUCGGAGUAUAACGCCUCAUAAAAUGUAUAAAUGAAAAUCAUGUUUCUUUUUAUUUGUUUUACCUUUAACAUUGUAUUUUAAACGAAUUGUUUGCAGAAAGGUGUUGUUUUCAAAAUAUUGAUCACAAACACAGUUCAUAUUUUCUGCCGGCCAUUUUCAAGGAAAAAAUAAAAUUUGUAUUGAUGUUGA